AUGAGUUCGAUUUGCGAUAAGUAUAGUUUUAUUAAAUUAAGUACAUCAACAUCACAACUUUUAAAUUUAGUGCUUGCGAAUGCAAAAAAUUCUACAUUAGUAUUCAACAUAAUUCAAAUAACAUUAAAUGAGCAUAACACUGCACAACCGAACCCCAUGCAAUUAUCUAAUUCUAAUGCCCAUGAGAAUUUCCAUAAAUUCCCUACUCGUCUUGACAUUCAAAGUCUGACUUUAAGUGAUCAAUAA